AUGGCCCUCAUCGGUGGCAUUUUGUCUGGUUUAUUUGACCCUCCUCCACCAAAAACACCACCACCUCCCGGUCCUAUUUUCUCAUUGCCAGGCAUCACCUUCCCGACCCUGUCCUUGCCUGGGCUUCCAACUGGCCCUCCGACGAUACCGUCUCCAAGCUCUUCCCUGCCGCUAUCGUCUUCCCUGCCGGUUUCUUCGUCUGCCCCUGUGUCUGAGUCGUCAGCUGCUCCCCCACCGUCCUCGACUCUUCCUCCUGAGACGACGCCCAGCCCGCAAAGCCUACCCCCACCAGCAACUUCGACCAGUCUCGUCAUUGUUGGAAAUGCGCCUGCACAAAGUGGCUCUGUCGAGACUCCACCAUUGCAUCAGAAGACCUUCCUACAGAACAAGCCUCUGUCUGGAACAGUGUUUGGGCUUGUAGGCCUUGUCGCACUUGUUCUGAUCAUUGUCGUUGCGACGUUUUUCCUACGUCGAAGAAGACGAAGUCGUUUGCUGGACGAUGCGUUAACGUUUGACCCAUCUUUGUUGGGAAAGACAGAUCGUGUGGACAGUUCUGAGAAGGGUCACUCAAACAAUCCAAGUCUGGGCACGACAAACCAUGGCGGCUAUAGCACAUAUGCCGCAUCACAGCAUCAGCAGCCACACAGCGACUACUAUGGUCGUGGUGGCCAGCAAGUUGAUUAUUAUGGGCAAGCACAACACGCCGAUUAUUACGGUCAACAACCUCAGGCCGACUAUUACGGUGGGGCCCGGCAACCUAACUAUGGCUACGUGCCGCCUAUGGCGGAUGUCGGCAAUUCUUGGGGUCAACAACAACCCGCCUCGUCUCAACAGCAACAGCAAGCUGUUGCUCCACCUCCUCCCCAACAACAAACCAAUAUACCACGUGCUACUGUUCCACCACAACCGGCGCCUUUACCGGCAGAAUUUGGCUCCAGCAACGACGAUGCGCGAAGACGGAGCGCUGAGGAAACUGCGUUCUGGGCCAGAACACUGAAGGUGGUGAACGAGUAA